AUGGUUGCCUCUCAGGCUCACAAGAUGGCUGACAUUGUUACAGAACAAUGGAUUCAAAUUCAGUGGCUUGAGCAGGCUCUUCAUAUUACACAAAGAAACAGAGAUAGAGGUGUGCAUAUCACUGUGCUGGUUAUAACAUUUGGCUACUAUGUACCUACAGGAACUAUGAACAUUGGUGCAAUUGGUUGCUCUUAUGUCUUCGUCGGAACCAAAGGCUCCUCGUGGUUAGCAGAAUUCAAAGGAAUAUGGUUCCAGUCCAGUGACCAUCUAGUAGAUGCAACUUUGCCUGCUACUGAAGUCAAAUCAUCAGAACUGAGUAUAAGGAAUGAUAGUGAAGAAAGAGAUCUCGUGAAUAUUUUUGCUAGUCUCAGUCUAAAGCCUUCAAAUCUUCCUGCUCGAGAUGCUCCUUGGAAUUGGGUAACUUCUCCUUUUAAGAUGGGAGGCUUCAUCCUUGAUGCAGCCACACCUGGAGAAUUCAUUGGUGGGUUAAAGACUACCUUUGGUUACAUGUCCUCAGAAUACAAAAUUGAUGGGUUCUACUCGCUAAAAUCCGAUGUCUAUAGUUUUGGUGGGUGGAUGCUAGAGAUAUCAUGGAUGCUAUACACAGAAGGCUGGUCCAUUGAAGUGCUUGAUACAUCAAUAGGGGACUCAGGUGAUCCACAUGAAGUUCGUAACUCGGGAGAUAGGCUGAGCAUGUCAAUUACAGUCAAAGGGAUCUCAAUGAACUCGAAGUCGCAUAACCCACGAGAUAGCCCGAGCAUGCCAUUUACAGUUCUAAUGCUAAGUGGUGAAGGGUCAUUGCCUCAAGCUCAAAAACCUUGUUCUUAUAGUGAAAGGGAUCUCAAUGAAUUCGAAGUCGGUCCUUCUUUUAAAGCAUUUUCAACAAAAGAAGGCAGGUGCUUCAGAUUUGGGGCAAAGACUCAUGAAGUUCCCAAAUUGUGUGAGGAAGGAUCUCCUAAAAUGCCACUGCAAUGUGCACGUGUUAUAGGGUAUGCAAUUACAAAGAGCAUGUGUUUUGUGUCGUUUUUGACCAUUGUGUGA